GCUCCGCCCACACGGAGCCACAGUUCUGUAGUAAUGAGUAAGUUUAGCUUCCUCUUAGCAGUGAAAGAAGCGAAUGUUAGGGAAGGUUUAUCAAAACAAAGUUUGCUUUUUAUAAGAUUUCUCUGUAGUUUGCUUAGUAAACUCGGGUCUAGUUGUAGUUUUAAGUUUUAACAAGCUGAGCUUCUUUGUUAACUUCAGCAACUUUUUUGGUUUUUUUGACCAGACCACUUACUUUCAGACGAGAUGAACCCUGACCCUGCAGACCCUUAUAUAUUUUCAACUCACUCGUUACCCUCUGAUCACCGUUUUCUGCCGCCUUUGACCAACGGGAUGCUGGGAUGGAGAGUGUUUGGAAAAAUUAUGCAUAAGGGUGGAGUCUAUAAUGGAGAGGUUGGAGCCUGUCACCGAGCUGAUAUACCAUGUCCACUUGCAGUCAGGAUGAAGGUCGAGGAGGGGAAGCAUACGUACAGUUUGGACGCCCACACUGGUAUAUUCACUCACUCAAUACUUAACUCUUAUGUGGAAGCAACUCAGAUGUUCUACGCUCAUCGACAGUAUUCCAACCUGCUGGUUAUGGAAGUGCUGCUAAAGCGCCAGAUGAGCUCUGAGGAACCAAUCACAGUCGAGCUUGAUAGUUCUUUCACUCCUCAAAGUCAUGACAUUGCCUUUGACAAGGCUCCUGACUAUAGAGGAGGGAGGCAUAUAUUUGGGCACACUAUGUCAGCAGAAGUCCCUGGAGUACUUCGUCCCUGUGUGCACCUUAUCUGGACCCCAAUAAUCUCCUGUGUAAGGUUAAUGCCUGAUCAGAGCCAGUCUAGCUGGAGCUUCCUGGUUGCAGUUGCAGAGAGCAAUGAGAUCGCCCAGUUUUGUUUUGACACUGGUUUGGAGCUCAUUGAACAUGGCGACCUGCAGGCGUCCCAUGUAAGGGCGUGGGCGGAGCUAUGGCAUGGCAGCAGUGUGGAGCUGGACGGACCAGAGCCUUUGAGUCAAGCUGUGAUUGGCUGCAUGUUCUACCUUCUCAGUGCGCUCCCCUCUCUGACGGAGACACCCACGCCAUUUGGGGGAAUCAGUCCUGGAGGAUUGUCUAACGGGGGACACGGACAAGGACAGGACUACUGGGGACAUGUUUUCUGGGAUCAGGACACAUGGAUGUACCCUAACAUUGCGCUCUUUCACCCUAACCUGGCCAGAGCUGUCUUGGAGUACAGAAUGCGAACACUAGAAGGUGCUCGGAUCAAUGCCCAGGAGCAGGGUUAUAAGGGCUUGAAGUUCCCGUGGGAGAGUGCUGUAUCUGGUCAAGAGGUGUGUCCGAUGGACAGUUAUGGAAAGCAGGAGAUCCAUAUUAACGGAGAUGUAGCUCUUGCCUUCCGUGACUACCUCUACCUAACACAGGACAUUGAAAUAUUUAAAGAGGGCGGUGCUAGUGAAGUGGUGUGGGGUAUAGCCGAUUAUUGGGUGUCCCGAGUUAUCUGGGACCCUGAUGACCAGGAAUACCACCUCAGAGGAGUGAUGCCUCCUGAUGAGUACAACAAAAAUGUUGACAACUCAGUGUACACUAACACUGUGGCCAAGUACAGUCUGCAGUUUGCUGUGGACUUGGCUAGAUUGCUCCAGCAUCCAGCACCCUCAGAAUGGCAGGAAAUAGCUGAUAAGCUGAAAAUCCCCUAUGACCCUGGACUAAAGUACCACCCCGAAUUUGAUGGGUACAAAAAGGGAAGUGAAGUGAAGCAGGCAGAUGCCAUUCUGGUAGGAUUCCCUCUGGGAUUGCCCAUGAGCCCAGAGGUUAGGCGGAAUGAUCUGGAAUGUUAUGAGGCUGUCACUGACCCGCUUGGUCCUGCUAUGACUUGGAGUAUGUUUGCAGUGGGUUGGUUGGAGCUUGGUGAAGCUGAAAAAGCACAACAGCUUCUGCAAAAGUGCCUCAAAAAUAUACAGGGGCCCUUCCAGGUGUGGAGUGAGACAUCCGAUGGUUCUGGAGCGGUCAACUUCCUCACAGGCAUGGGGGGGUUUCUGCAGGCUGUGUUGUUUGGGUACACUGGUUUCAGGGUUCAAAAGGACUGUCUGACUUUUUCCCCGCUAAUACCUAAUGAAGUGUCUAUGCUCAGUCUGAAAGGCAUCAGUUAUCUUGGUAAUAAGCUGGACUGGGUGGUGGAUAGACAGGAAGUCAGCGUUGUAGUGGAGAAGCAGGCAAAGGAUUCUGGCAGUAAGCAGCCUUGUCCUCUUGAGAUCGUGUUACAGAGCUCUGGAGACAGAAUCCCUCUUCAUCCAGGUCAAUCGGUGACAUUUCCAUGGCAACCUGGCAAGAUCCAAAAACAAAGCACUACCUCCUACUGCUGGCCUCUUUGACCCAGAAAUCACAAGCCAGUAUGAUUAAUUGUACAUUACAAUGGCACAUGGCAACAUUAGUGCCAUAAAAAAUCAUGUUUUGAUGAGCAGUAUUAUUUUUAUGAUAUAAUUGAGCUGCUAGAUAUGAUAUUGAUAUUAUAUGAUAUUGUUUGAAAUCAUUGAUUAUUUACAGUCUGUUUUUGAUUUUGUACUUUUUUUAAAGCCAGGUAAAUACAAUAAAAUUAUAUCAUUUUCAUUAUACAUUUGAUCCAUGAAUUAAGAUUGGUCAUUUGUUGUCUGUUACAUUAUGACUGGAGAUUCUGAACAGUUUAAGCCAACUUUGACAAAAUGUAGGAAUCGGAACUAAAUUACAAAUUAGUGAUGAGCUAUUAAAUAAAAAUUGCAUAAUUGUGAUGUGAUGUUGCUAUAAUUAUUAAAAGUAUUGGUUCUAAUGUAGUGCAACUAUAGAUGAAAUAUUGUGUACUGUCUUUCAAAUUUGUGUAUAAAUAAAUCUUAUUUCUAUAGUCAAGUCAA